ACUUCUGCUUUCAAAGAGCAGGCAGACAGCAUCAAAGCUUCUUGUUCUGAGCUUUUUGGCAGUUUCACCUACGGAACAAUGAUGUGGAAGGUUAUUGUUCCUUUUUUUGCCGCGUUUUUGGCCUUUGGCUUUUGUCAGAUGAUGGCUGGAGGUUUGCAUAAGAUAAAAAAUGCAGAUAAUGAUGAGGGGUUCCAAAGAGCAUUGCAGUUUGCUGUUGUCCAACACAACAACGGGACCAAUGACACGGUCCUCUACCAGGUCCUUAAGGUGGUCUCGGCUGAGAGUCAGGUGGUAGCUGGGGUCAAUUACAUAAUGACUGUGAUUCUGGGGAGAACCAACUGUGAGAAGGAGGCACCAGCAGACGACUGUGCUGUCCACAAAGAGCCUGGAUUUGCUAAGCCUUACCAGUGCAAAUUCAAAGUGUGGAGUCGCCCAUGGCUUAAUGAUAUCCAGCUGACCAACGAGGAAUGCAGCGGUGCUGAACUUACUUCACCAUGAAAAACUUUUUUUUUGAAGAUCUACAAAGUGAUACUGUCUUGACACCCUCUCAAAAUAACUUCAAACUUUAUUGAAUUUUUCUGCAAUGCAAAACAAAAGUCUCACUAUGAAAGUAUUCAUUAGAACACAAUAAUACACAGCUUUAAAUAAAGCAACUUUUAUACUCCCCUGAA